GGAACUGGAGGGAGAAGUCGGUUAGGGAAACAUCGCUGCAGAAUUAAGCUAGCUAGCUAGGGAUAUUUAAGAAAAAUAGCGCAAAUAGCCUAUUUAGCUCAUUUAUUUUCGGAGUGUGCCAGCGAACAAUCUUUUAUAGGAUGGCAGCUAAAGAAGCACCGUUUAAGAACCUGUUUGAAAACAAGGCCGUCAGCAAAGCCAAGAAGGAUGACAAGCGUCUGUCGGUGGAGCGAAUCUACCAGAAGAAGACUCAGCUGGAGCACAUAUUGCUCCGGCCCGACACCUACAUCGGCUCCGUGGAGCCCCUCACCCAGCCAAUGUGGGUGUUUGACGAGCUGGAUGGCAUGAACUGCAGAGACAUCACCUUUGUCCCGGGUCUCUACAAGAUCUUUGACGAGAUCCUGGUGAAUGCCGCUGACAAUAAGCAGCGAGACAAGACCAUGUCAAUGAUCAAAAUCAACAUCGACCGGGAGAACAACAGCAUCAGCGUGUGGAACAACGGUAAGGGCAUCCCCGUGGUGAUGCACCAGGUGGAGAACGUGUACGUGCCCGCCCUCAUCUUCGGACAGCUCCUCACCUCCAGUAACUAUGACGACGACCAGAAGAAGGUCACAGGCGGCCGUAACGGAUUCGGGGCGAAGCUGUGCAACAUCUUCAGCACCAAGUUCACUGUGGAAACAGCCUGCAGGGAGUCAAAGCAGAGCUUCAAACAGACCUGGUAUGAUAACAUGGGGCGUGCGGGAGAGUCACGGAUCAAGCCGUUUGACGGCGACGAUUUCACGUGCAUCACGUUCCAGCCGGACCUGACCAAGUUCAAGAUGCAGUCUCUGGACCGGGACACCGUGGCCCUCAUGACCCGCCGGGCCUACGACAUCGCCGGGGCCUCCAAGGGGGUCAAGGUCAUGCUCAACGGCAAGAGACUCCCGGUGAGCGGUUUCCGCAGCUACGUGGACCUGUACCUGAAGGACCGCACGGACGAGACGGGCAAGCCCCUCGCCGUGGUGCACGAGGUGGUCAACGAGCGCUGGGAGGUCUGCCUGACCAUGAGCGAGAAGGGCUUCCAGCAAGUCAGCUUCGUCAACAGCAUCGCCACCACCAAGGGUGGCAGGCACACCGACUACGUGGCUGACCAGGUGGUGUCCAAGCUCAUCGAGGUGGUCAAGAGGAAGAACAAGGCAGGAGUGGCCGUUAAGCCCUUCCAGGUGAAGAACCACAUCUGGCUGUUUGUGAACUGUCUGAUUGAGAACCCGAGCUUCGACUCCCAGACCAAAGAGAACAUGACCCUGCAGCAGAAGAACUUCGGAUCCACCUGUGCCCUCACUGACAAGUUUAUCAAGCAGGCGACCAACUGUGGCAUCGUGGAGAGUGUGAUGAACUGGGUCAAGUUUAAGGCCCAGACGCAGCUCAACAAGAAGUGCUCCGCCGUCAAGCACACCAAGAUCAAGGGCGUGCCCAAGCUGGAUGACGCCAACGAUGCAGGUGGUAAGAAUUCCAACGGCUGCACGCUCAUUCUGACGGAGGGAGACUCGGCCAAAACUCUGGCCGUGUCGGGACUGGGCGUGGUCGGCCGCGACCGCUACGGAGUCUUCCCCCUCAGGGGAAAGAUGCUCAACGUCCGGGAGGCCACCCAUAAACAGAUCAUGGACAACGCUGAGAUCAACAACGUGAUUAAGAUCCUGGGGCUGCAGUACAAGAAGAACUACAGUGACCCCGAGUCACUCAAGAGCCUGCGCUAUGGCAAACUCAUGAUCAUGACAGAUCAGGAUCUGGACGGAUCUCACAUCAAGGGUCUCCUCAUUAAUUUCAUCCACACCAACUGGCCCUCUCUUCUGCGCCACAACUUCCUGGAGGAGUUCAUCACUCCCAUCAUCAAGGUGAGCCACAAGAAGGACGAGCUGUCCUUCUACAGCAUCCCCGAGUACGAGGAGUGGAAGGACAAGACCGCCAACUACAAGUCCUGGAAGACCAAGUACUACAAAGGUUUGGGUACCAGCACGGCGAAGGAGGCCAAGGAGUAUUUCUCCGACAUGGCCCGCCAUCGCAUCCCUUUCAAAUACAGUGGCCCGCAAGACGACGAGGCCAUCACCCUUGCCUUUAGUAGGAAGAAGGUUGAUGAGCGCAAAGAGUGGCUCACCAGCUUCAUGGUCAACAGACGCCAGCGACGAGAACACAACCUGCCAGAGGACUACCUGUACGGCCAGAGCACUGCACACCUGACCUACCACGACUUCGUCAACAAGGAGCUGGUGCAGUUCUCCAACUCGGAUAACGAGCGCUCCAUCCCCUGCAUGGUGGACGGGCUGAAGCCGGGCCAGAGGAAGGUGAUGUUCUGCUGCCUGAAGAGGAACGAUAAGCGGGAGGUGAAGGUGGCCCAGCUGGCCGGUUCUGUGGCCGAGAUGUCCGCCUACCACCAUGGCGAGAUGUCCCUGAUGAUGACCAUCGUGGGCUUGGCUCAGAACUUUGUGGGCAGCAACAACCUGAAUCUGCUGCAGCCCCUGGGUCAGUUUGGCACCAGACUACACGGAGGCAAGGACUCUGCUAGCCCCAGAUACAUCUUCACCAUGCUGAGCCCUCUGGCGCGCCUGCUGUUCCCGCCGGUGGACGACAACCUGUUGAAGUACAACUACGACGACAACGCGCGCGUGGAGCCCGAGUGGUACAUCCCCAUCCUACCCCUGGUGCUCAUCAACGGGGCCGAGGGCAUCGGCACCGGCUGGGCCUCCAAGAUCCCCAACUACGACGUGCGCGAGAUCGUCAACAACAUCCACCGCAUGAUCAACGGCGAGGAGCCCCUGCACAUGAUUCCCAACUACAAGGGCUUCAAGGGCACCAUCAUGGAGCUGAUGCCCAACCAGUACAUCAACUCUGGAGAGAUCGCCAUCAUCGACAACACCACCAUCGAGAUCUCCGAGCUGCCCGUCAAGAGCUGGACACAGACGUACAAGGAGAACGUUCUGGAGGCGAUGUUGAACGGGACGGAGAAGAUCCAGCCCCUGAUCACGGACUACAAGGAGUACCACACGGACACCACGGUGCGCUUCGUGGUCAAGAUGAGCGAGGAGAAGCUGAGGGAGGCCGAGGCACAAGGACUGCACAAGAUCUUCAAGCUGCAGGGCCAGAUCACCUGCACCAACACCAUGGUGCUGUUUGACCACGUGGGCAGUCUGAAGAAGUACGAGACGGUGCAGGAGAUCCUGCAGGACUUCUUCCAGCUGCGGCUGCGCUACUACACCCUGCGCAAGGACUGGCUGCUGGGCAUGCUGGGGGCCGAGGGGGCCAAGCUCUCCAACCAGGCCCGCUUCAUCCUGGAGAAGAUCCAGGGCACCCUCGUCAUCGAGAACAAGCCCAAGAAGGAGCUGAUCCGCAUGCUGCAGGAGAUGGGCUAUGACUCCGACCCGGUUAAGGCCUGGAAGAAGUCACAGGAGAAGGAGGAGGUGGAGCUGGAGGACGGUGAGGAGGAGGUGGACGAGUCCGGCCCCGACUACAACUACCUGCUCAACAUGCCCAUGUGGUACCUGACCAAGGAGAAGAAGGACGAGCUGUGCAAGCAGAGGGACGCUAAGCUGACUGAGCUGAACACUCUGAAGAAGAAGCAGCCUACUGACCUGUGGAAGGCUGACCUGGCCGCCUUCACUGAGGAGCUAGAGCGCGUGGAGGAGCUGGACCGUGCUGCGUUGGCGCCGGUGGUGACCCAGGCCAAGGGCAAGGGUGGCAGGGCGAAGGUGGUGAAGGUGAAGGAGGAGACCAUGCCCACUCCGCAGGGGCGCCGCGUCGUGCCACGCAUCACCAGCGGCAUGAAGGACGUCGCCGCCAAGAAGGGCAAGAAGCCCAAAGCCAAGAGUGAGGAUGGUGUGGUGAUGAAGAUGGAGUUUGAGGAUGGUGCGGUGGAGAACGGAGACGAGAACAGCCCAGCUCAGCCCCAGAGUCUCGCCGCACGGCUGGCCACGAAGCCCAAGAAGGAGCCCAAGGAGAAAGCCGCGUCUAAGCCGGGCAAGCAGACCACGCUGCAGUUCAAGCCGGUGAAGGAGGCAAAGAAGAAGAACCCGUGGUCCGACGAAGAUGAGGAAGACGAUGCGUUUGCAUCCGCUGGAGAGCCCAGCCCAGACCUGGCACCCAGAGAGAAGAGCCAGAGAGCCACCAAGGCUGCUGCUCCCAAGUUCGUCUUCUCCAGCGAUGAUGAUAAAGAUGAUGAUGAAGAUGAUGAUGAUGAUGACUCUGUGGUGAGACCCUCUGGGAAAGGUGGGAAGGCGAUGGUCAUCAGCGAUGAGGAUGACGACGAAGACUUCGUUCCCGAGCCGAUUCGGCAGGACAGUGAUGUGGACUCUCCCGCCGUGGCCCCGCCCCCAAAGAAGAAAGUGGUGACUAAAGCCGCCCCAAAACCCAAGGCUCCGAGCAAAGCUGCCGCCAAGCCUAGUGCAGUGGAGCCCUCCUCCAAACCAGCACCUGUGGCCAAAGAGGCCGCCCCGAAAAAGCCCGCUGCCAAGAAGUCCACUGCUGCCCCCAAGAAGAAAGCCACAGACGCUGCUCAGCCCUCCAUCAUGGACGCGCUCUCCAAGCCCAAAGCCAAAAAGGCGGGACCCACCAGCUCCAGCGAAUCAGAGCCUGCCCCGCCCGCUGCAAAGGCAGCAGCCAAUCGCAAGAGGAAGCCAGUGCUGGACUCAGACUCGGACUCUGAGAGCGACUCCGGCGGCCUCAUGGCCCGCAUCAAGGGCAAGAUGGGUGGCGCUGGGAAGAAAACCAAGAAGUGGGACGCUGACAGCGACGACGAAAGUUUCGCCCUUGAGACGAACUCCCCAGUGGUGGAGCGCAGUAAACCCAGCCGAGCCAAGAAGGCCGCCACUUACAAGAUCGACUCGGACUCCGACUCCGACUUUGGCUUUUAGUCUCUUUUAGUCUCUCUCUGCACUGAGUCUGUCUCUCUCACAUUGUUUUGCUCGUUUGUCUUGUCCUGUAAAUAUUUCAUAUGUUGUAUCCUAUUUACUGUUUGUUUUUAUACGUACGUUUUUCAAUAAAACUAGUUAUUUGUGACUUA